AUGAUAAAUAAACGAUGCAACAGGAGUUUAUUUAUGCAUAAUGAAAGGAAUAAUCAACACAAGACUAACAUUUUUAACAGAAUAGAUAUGUCCACUUUGAAAAAAUGUCACAUGAAGGAAAAAUUGAAUAGGUUUCCUUUUUUGUUCAAAGCGAUUACUUGCGUAGUCUUGAUAUGGGUGGCUCAAUCGCCUGAAGGAUCCCGCGAGGAUGCCUCCCACCAAUCGUGGAACCACCAGAAUGGCCAGUUAUACAACCAACUAGAUGUGGCCUUUACAAGGUCAUUAGCAGAAUAUGACGACCUAAAUGAAUCUUAUUUUACAGCGACCAAAAAUGGCGUCUUAGAAAAUGAACCUAGCGAAAACUACCUAUAUGAAACUUCCACUGGAGUUUCCGAAAGUGAUGAUACAGAAAUUAAUAAAAUUAUCCUUGACCAGUUACAGAAUGAAGAAGACAUAAGUGAAGAAAAUACGAGGAACCUACGGAGGCGAUCACAGGGUGGGAACGAAGGUGAUAAUGUAGAAGAGACGAUCGAACCAGUUAGCAGCAUAUUGCAUAAUGAGCAAGAGGGAGAAGAAUCUAUUACGUCCAUAUUUGAUCAUGUGGAAGACAACGUAGAAGAUGUAGGAGGAGUAGAAGAACCUGCCUCCACCGCAUUUGAUAGUGCAGAGGAAAGCGAGGAACAGGCCCUUGCCAUGUUGGACAGUGUGCUGGAGGAGGCGGAAAAAACGAUAGAACCAGUUAGCAGCCUAUCUGAUGAUAAUGUGUCAGAGGGCGUAGAAGAACCAGCCACUCCCACAGUUGAUAGUGUGCAGGAUAAUUUGGAAAACAAUGUUGUGGAACCAGUAGACGAGGUUGUAGAGGAAGCUGUACAAGAAGCUGCUGACGAAAUUCUAGAGGAGGAGCAGGAUAAAGGGGAAGAACCUUCCGGCAUAGUCGUAGGGGAACCCGCGGAGGAGGCAAAAGAUGAAUAUGUUGAAGAAGCUGUGGAAGUUGUGCAAGAAGCUGCAGAUGAGGUGAUAGAAGAUGAAGAAAAAGUAGAGGAGCCCCUCCAGAUAGUCGCAGAAGAACAUGCAGAAGAAGUACUAGUAGAAAAGGAGGAGGUGAAUGAAAAUAUAUUAAACAUAUUAGAAGAAAUAAAGGAAAACAUAAUAGACAAAAUAGAAGUAAAUGAGGAAACGAACGAAGCCCCAUUAGAAAGCGCAGAAGAAGCGACCCAGGAGGUUGCUGAAGAAGCUGCAGACACUACUACCGAAGCUCAUGUAGUUGAAACUGUUGAGGAAGAAGUUGCAAAUGUUACUACAAAUGUUAGUGAAGAAGAAGCUCCUGAAUUAAUUACUGAAGCCUCUGAUGAAACGACCGAGAGCACGGCACAGGAAACUUUCGAAGAAGAUAUAUUGAAAAAUUUAGAAGAAAAUAAGGAUGAAAGUGAAAACGUAUUAGAACAUUUAAAAGAAAUGAAGGAAGAAUUAUUAGACUAUGUAGAGCAAAACGUGGACGACAACGAAAAUUUGCUAGUUGAUAUGCUGCAAAGUUUGGAAAAAAGCGCGCACGUAAAUGAGAGCGUAUUAGAUGAUUUAGAAGAAAUAAAAGAAGAUUUGUUGGCUAAUGUUCAAAUGGCCGAGGAGACUACGGAAGAAGAGGUGUCAGACACUUCUGCGGAAAGUGCAGAAGAGGUAGCUGCAGAAGAAAACAUUUUUGAUGUUAUAGAAGAAAUCAAAGAAAAGGUAAUAGAGAAUCUGGAAGAAACGACAGCCCAAAGUGUGGAAGGUGUAGUCGAGGGAGCGGAUGAAAAUGCAUUAGAUGUUUUAGAAGAAAUGCAGGAAAGCUUGUUUGAAAACUUUGAGCAGAAGAUAGAAACCAACGAAAAUUUAUUGGGAAAUGUAUUGGAUAAUUUGCAGGAAAAAGUAGAGUUAAAUGAAAAUGUGUUAGCAGACGUCUUGGCGGAAUUAAAGGAGGAUGUUAUAAGUCAGCAGGAAACUGCGGAAGAGGUCGCAGCAGAGUUAAUCGAGGAGAUCGCGGAGGAGCCUGCAGUGGAAGGCGUAGAAGAAAUUAUUGAAGAUGCGCCCGAGGAACCUGUAGAGGAGGCUGCGGAAGAAACAAAUGUUGCCGUAGCAGAAGAAUCUGCUGUAGAAUCCGUGGAAGAGGUGCUUGAACAAAUUAUAGAAGAUACUGCAGAGGUAAUAGCUGACGAAUCCGUAGAAGAAACCGCAGAGCAAAUUUUAGAACAAGCUACAGAAGCUGUAGGAACUGUUCAUGUAGUAACAGAAGAAUCUGUAGAGGAAAAUAUUGAAGAGAUUGUAGAGGAAAUUUCAGCAGAACCUAUACAGGAAACUAUUGAAAGUAUUGUAGAAGAAGCUGUAGAAUCCGUCGAAGAAAACAUAGAAGUUGUGGAAGAGGCUAUUAAAGAUAUUGCAGAAGAGGCCGCGGAAGGAGCUCCAGAGUUGUCUACGGAAGAAAUAAUAGAAGAUGUUAUCGUAGAAACUGUCGAAAAGAUUGAAGCAGAAGAAAAAGCUAUUGAAGAAGCUGAACGCGAAGCUACCAAGGAAGCAGUAGAAGAAGCUGUUGAAGAUGUUGUCGAUGAAAUUUCAGCAGAACCUAUACAGGAAACUAUUGAAAGUAUUGUGCCAGAAACUCCACAAAUCACUUCAGAUGAGUCUAUGGAAGCAGUUGUAGAACACGCUGUAGAGGAUAACUUAGGAGAAACGAUAGAAACCAUUGUGGACGACCUUGCGGAGGAAACUACAGAAGAAUCUAAAGAAAGCGUAGUAGAUAAUUUAGGAGUAAAAGUAGAAGAGGUACUUCAUGAAGAAGUACAGAAAGUAGGCCAGGAAGCUGCAGACGAUGUAGUAGUGGGAGUGAGCGAAAAAGAAAGUGAAGGAGGGGAACAAAUCGAGCCGUCAUUGUUUAAAGUUGAAGAGGACAUUAAGGAAAAGAUUUUAGAUAUGUUCUCUGGAAAUAUUGAGGAGGAAGAAGAUGAUGAAGAUGAGUAUGAAGAUAUUGAGGAUGAGGAAGGUGAAGAGGAGGUAGAGGAGGUAGAGGAGGAAAAAAUAGAAAAACCAGUAGAAGUCGUUGUAGAGGAUGUUACGGAAGUUGGUAAAGAAGAGGCAGAAGAUGAAGUAGUCGGUGUUGUCCAAGAACCUGAAGAGGAGGGAACGCAGGUAGAACAGGACCCCCUAAUAUUGACAGAAGAUUCGGAAGAGGCCCAAAGAAUUAUACAUGACAUUUUUAGCGGCCUCAGCAAGGUUGAAGGUAAAGAAGAAUCCGUUUUGGAGGAAAAUGUUGAUGAGGGAGGGGUGCAGGUGGUCGAUGAAAAGGGGGAACAAGAGGAGGAAGAGGAUGAGGAAGAAAGUACAGAGGAGGAAGAAUCUACAGAGGAGGAAGAAUCUACAGAGGAGGAAGGAUCUACAGAGGAGGAAGAAGAAGACGAUGAUGAUGAUGAUGAAGAGGAUGAGGAAGAUGAGGACGGCGAUGAGGAAGAAAGCGAAGACGGAGCUGCUGCUGCAGGUGCAGAAAAAGAACAGCAGAAAGAAAAAUUAGCAAAAAAAGAAUUAGAACUACAGAAAAAUCUUCUAGGUAUGCUUUCUGGAAAUGGAGUAUUUGACCCAAGUAUGUUAGGAAAAUUAAAAGAGCUAGAAGCUUUGCAGAGGAGCUUACCUGGCUCAAUGGGAAAGGCCAAAGGUAUGUCUCCAACUGAUAUGGAAGCCUUAAAGAGUGUAUUCGCUGGUGCACUCAAUGAACUUAAUGUUAAGGGAAUGCCACCAGUACAAAUACCACCAGAACUACAACAUUUUAUGAUGCCAAAGAAGGAAGAAAAAGCAAAGCCCCAAGAUAAACAACCAAAAGAGAAAGUGCCAAGUAAAGCAGUACAAGAGCAGAAACCAGAGGCGAAAGCUGUAUCGCCCAGACAAAAUGUAUCAGAUUUGUUUAAAAUUCCAAAGGAUAUGUUUAGUUCAUUUAAAAACUUUAAAGAAGUUGCAUUGGAAUUUUCUAACAUGAUUGGAUUAAACUUUGAAACGAUUAAAAAGUAUUUAACUAGAGUUAAAAACUUCCUUUUGAGAGUAGAUGCAUUAGUGGAUAAAGAAAUAAAUAAUAUACUGGAUCAAGGAGAAAGCGGUCAAAAUGUUGGUAAGGCUAAUGAAGAUUUUAUGGAUAAGAUGAAGAGACUAGUAAAUAAAUACAAAAUAUUCUCCAUCCCAUUUUUUACGGGAAUAAUGGGUUCAUUUGGAUUUUUGGCGUUUGGAGCAGUUACUACAUCUAUCCUAUCAUCUUGCUUAACAAUUUUUUCCGUAACUUAUUUGGUGUCCAAGAUAGAUAUGAAGGUCAAUAAAGAUAAGAACAGAAAAUUCUACUCCUUCUAUUUGGACGCGUACAAGAAUAUGUCCUACUUAAGAGAGUAUUUCGAAACUAUUUACAAGGAGUUAAUAAUGUAG